CCCAAACAAUAACCAGAGUCCUAUAUUUUAAGAGAAAUCAGAAAUCUACAAUACCACGAAUUUCUUCUUCGUUAAGCAGUCGCCCUCUUGCACUCCAAAAACAAAAAGCACUUCCCUUUUGAAAAGCUUAAAGUGGUGUACCGUGACAUGGAUGAUGGGCCUUUCCAGACUCAUGGUCUUCUUCUUCAACUUUUAUUGAGAGUGGUUCAGAGUAUAUUGUAGCAAACAAAGUGUUAUCGCUGGGAGUUGCUCAUCUCUGAAAUACUACUACCUUGUAGCUUUUCUCUUCUAGGCUUCAGAACUCGAAUUACGGCUGCAGCCUGGAGAAUAGUAAAUUUUCAGUAUUGCAGGGCGGCAACUUAACAUCCGAGUGGAGUCAAGAGGCUUUGGUUAACAGAAGUUUCCAUUCGACCAUUAUAUUGUCCGAUUGCGUACUGAAUUUUCACAAAGAGCAUAUAACAAAGGCCGAACUUUUACCCGUGUCCCAUCCAUGGCUAAUAAAUCCAUGAAUAGUAUUAGCUUCAAGGCACUGGUGGACAAGCGGAGCAACAAAGUUAUCUUCAUAGAAACUGAUAAUGAUUUUGUUGAUGUUCUCUUCAGUUUCUUGACAAUACCAAUGGGAACAAUCAUCAGAGUUGCCCGUAAACAUUCAUUACCAGUGGAAACAGGUUGCAUGAACAAUUUGUAUGCAAGUGUUGAAAAUAUUGAUGCACGUAUUUUCCAGACUGGAGCAUGUAAAGACAUGUUGCUGUGUCCUCGUAGUGGGGCUGAACUUCAUUGCAAGAAUCUCCAAUUGAAGAUUAACAAUGAUGAGCCCACACAGUAUUUUUCGUGCUCUAAGGAUUGCACCUGCGGUUAUAAAUUAUUUAGUCAUUACAAAGAUGUUCUUUGUAAGUGUGGAGAACCCAUGGAUAAUGAGAUACCUCUUCAGUGGGAAAGUUGAAGAAAUCCUCUUCUGCAGAUGGUGGAGUGUUCUGUAAAGGACUUACCAGAUUUAUAAUUACUGAUGAUCUAGAAGUGAUGCCACCAUCAAGUUCGGCGAUCUGUUCUUUAUUUACUAAGCUUAAAGUCAUGGAUGCUAGUACUACUGAGGAGCUGGCUUUCAAUGUAGGAUUUGGUGAGGUUUUGGAAAUGCUUGUAUGCUCAUUAGUAUCAAAGACGCCUUUGUCAGAAACUCUUCUGAAGCUUAAAUCACAACCAAACUUGAGCAAUGAAUAUCCAAAUCAAGGAAUAUGUAUUGAACCUCAAACAGUAGGAGGCUGUAUGAAUGAGGAAGACACCAUUUCUGUGAAGCUUAUUGUUUGCAAAUCUCAGAAGAUUGUUUGUUAUGCAGAAGCAGGGGAGGAUUUUGUCAAUUUAGUUUUCAGUUUCCUGACCGUUCCACUUGGGUUUAUAAUAAAACAGAUCCAGGAUAGGUCGUCCUCUUUGAAAGGAAGCAUUGAGCAGCUGUACAAGAGUGUCCAGGAUCUUGAUGAUGAAUUCUUCAAAUCAAAUUACCAGAAGGAAAUUUUACUCAAUCCGAAGCUUUACCCUGGUUUUUGCUAUGAGAACCGUCUUUUAGGAAUUGAGUAUGGCCUGGAGACCUCGAAUUAUUAUGCACGCUACUGGACAGGUGAUUCCUUUAGUAAAGUGGUGACUACUGAUAAAGACUUUGUUCCUUCCUAUUCUUCUUACAGGCCAUCAGUGACUACUGUCCCACUUAAACUCAAGUAUUGCGAGACUUUGAAUGACCCCGUACGUGAUCAAGGAUUUUUGAAUGGACCGACAAUGUUUACAAUUACUGACAAUCUGAUCAUAAGGCCCAUAUCUCCUCUAUUUGGCCUCUCUGUUUUAAACAAAAUGAAGGUACCAUUCACUGAUAUUGAGGAGCAAAUUGUGCAGGUUGGAAAGGAGGAGGCUUUUCGCCUUCUGGUAACAUCUUUUCUUAGUGACUCUUCUCUCACCAGCGUCUUCCUUAGGCAGCCAAAGAGCAAAUUCGAACAAUGACCAAAGCAGGCUUUUCGCCUCUUGGUAACAUCUUUUCUUUGCGACUCUUCUCUCAUCAGUGUCUUCCUUAGGCAGCCAAAGAGCCAACAAUGACCAUAGUUCAGUUAUCUAAUGUAAGAGCCAGGUGAUGCUUUUGAUACUGGAACUCAACAAUUGUUAUUUGCAUAAAGCAUGCACGUACCAGUUAUAUAUACUGGAAAUCAUGUGCUUCACAACACCAAUGAUUGUGAUUCUGUCAUUGUAUACACAUGUAAGCAAGUCUUCCUUUAUAUUGUUGUGCAGUAUUUAAAAUGUUGUGCGAGAUUACUAAGUGCAAUGUAUUCUUUAGUUGGAUCUUCAAACCUACAAGAUUUGAUAAAAGGUAUCAGAGUUGGUUGUUCAACUGUGUGACUAAGUACAGCACAUGACAACUGUGGAAGUGCACAUCAACCUCAAAUGUGGAUGAGAAGGAUGCAUAAAUGAAUUAUCUGUGGUUCAUUCUAGUUCAGUGCACGGUCUCAUGCUUAUCGAUUUGGUUUUUCAUUUCUAUACUAGCAAAAGAGUACGCGCGAUGCCGCGGGCUUUAUUGUUGUAAACAUCUGCUCCUUGGUGUAUGUCAGAUCGGGAUUGCGAAUCCUCGGACCUCCCCCCCUUCAUACUGUCGUUCCACGGAGGCAUAUAUGCAAGAAAAUUUAGGGUUUGUUGGGUCAUAUAUGACUUGCACUACUAUGAAUCUGUAUACGAUCAGUGGGCUGCACAUUACAUAUACGUAUAGGGCUCUGAUCUGGUCCCUGCAUAAGUGCAUAUAUUCAAGUUCUAGCAACUAGUCAAAGUGUUUCAUGCAAUUGUGGAUCUAAGAUCUAAAAAUGGGGUGGGUUACGUAUUCAUGUGUCUCUUUGGGCGAAGCUCAAAAAAUUUUUUUAGUACAAUUAUGCACAAGUGUGGGAAUGCAGAAGCGGGGAGAUAAGAAUUUGAGAGUCUAAGUGUUCAACGAUUGAUUUAGUCUGGAAUUUAGGCCUUUUGGGAAGAAGACGAAGAAUGAGAAUUUGUGAUGGAUGGAGAGAAUGGAAGAGUCAGAGAGGAGUAUGACUUUGAUAAUUCAUAAGUUCGGGUGGGUUUCGUCAAACAAACAUACAUACAAACAUAAAAUAUAUAUCAUAUAUAUAAGUUUUUUUUUUUUUUUUUCAACUCAAAAUUCUGGGGAGGGCUUGAGUCCUCCCACCCCUAUACCUAGAUCCACCCUGGUUUCAUGUAAGAGUUGAGUAUAUAUUCACACAAAUAAAAAAUUGAUCAAUGUCUCCAAUUGAUUAUUUGGGGUGAAUAUAAUAUUGUUCUCAUAUGUA